AUGAAGACUCAAUAAGCAUAUCUAUCAUUAGGAUAGAUGGCAUUAAAUUGCUUAAUGAGUUAAAGAGAGUAUAAAUUAGUAAAUUAGAAGAGAAAUUCACUUUUAGUGUCGUUAGUUCAGCCAAAAAGGCUGAGAAAUACAUCCUAAAUUGCUGAAUUAGAUGAUAUACCAAAGAAAUAAAGAAGAAAAAGCUUUUAAGAGGGCAAGAGCUGUUAGAAAUUGCUUAGAUUAAAUUGCCUAUACCCUAUAAAUAAUUGUUUAUAUCAUAUUAGUCAAAAACCAAAAAUAGAUAAUAGGAUUGUAUUACGUAAGGCUGUAAAGAGGGCCUCAGUAAUAUUAUCGACAGUGAAAUACUGGAAAGACCGCUCUCAGUUGAAAAUAGAAGUUCCUACUAUGUUUAAAUCAAUGCAUUAAAGGAAUAGUUAUGCAAGUGAACGAAAUGCUAUAACUAAUCGCAGCACGAAGAGAAAUGAUCAGCAUCCUGUUUUGUUAAAUCAAUUUAGAAUUAGAAAUAAUGAAAAACUGAUUUAGUAUAGUCUUGAUAAGACAGCAAAAAAAGCAAAAUCUGCAAGUCACCAUUUACCUAAUUAUAACUUGUUAAGUUAUUCUUCAAGAUAUAGCAUACAAAAUGUGCACAUUAGAAUAAAAUAAUGA